AUGACCGUCAAGACAAUAGGAGGCGGGAUGAUCGACGUCCACCACUUCCACCUCAAGGUCAGCACUCUUCCUCCUAUGCAGAAAGGUUUAGCAGAGCCUCCACGUCCUAUGCAGCCAAAUGCAAAGCGAGAAAAAUCGGAUCGCUAUUGUCGAUUCCAUAAGGACAGAGGGCAUAAUACGGAGGAAUGUGCACAACUCCAAGCGGCGAUUGAGAGGCUGAUCAAACAGGGCCAUUUAGGCGAAUACAUUGAUAAGCCUCGAAAUAACCGCCGGGAUGAUCCUCCACGCCGAGAUAACAAUCGAGAUCAACAGCAAAGACGAGAGGAUGGGGGUCAUCGACGCGACCCAGAUAACAACGAUAACCAACCUACCCGAGGAAUCAUCUCCUUUAUCUCCGGAGGACCGGCGGGUGGCGAUUCACAAAAUGCAAGACGCACCCUCGCUCGAUCAGCACGCAUGAAUCAAGAACGUGCUUCUCCAUCCGCACGCAUCUAUCAAAUACGAAGACCUGAUCAUAGCAUAGUCUUCAACUCCUCCGACCUCGAAGGUCCAGAUGAAGAUCAUGUCGAUGCAUUGGUAGUAACAACAACGGUGGCCAACUUCUUGGUUAAGAAGAUAUUAGUGGACGGUGGGAGCUCAGCUGACAUCAUGUACCUCCACGCUUUUAAGCAGCUGGGCAUAGAUAAUGCCCGGUUUAGUCCCAUCUCCACACCCCUGAAAGGAUUCACAGGAGAAGGCAUUUUGUCCAUGGGAGAAGUGGAGCUGCCCGUUUCUUUAGGGGAAGACCCUUGUCGAAUCACAAAACUAAUCAAAUUCCUCGUCAUCGACAAGCCAUCCCCCUACAACAUCAUCCUAGGGAGGCCAGCAAUCCAUACAUUCAAAUCAGUGCCUUCCUCCUACCAUCAGAAGGGGAAGUUCCCUACUCCCUAUGGAAUGGGGGAAGUACUUGAAGAUAGACGUCUCGCCCGAGAGUGCUAUGCAAGGGCCAUACGAGAACCUUCCAAGAAGCCUAAACCAUCCGGAAGGGGAGACGACACCCAAAAAUCCGACAAACGGAAGUGGGUCAACGCGAUCAUUGAGGAUAAUAAAGAAAUCCUCAUCAAUGUACCAGACGAUAGCAUCAAGCUAGCGGCUGUCGAAGAGCUUAAGCUCAUAGAGCUCACACCUGGAUAA